AUGGAAAAAUCCAAUGGCAGCUCAGAGUAUGGUUUUAUUUUAGUGGGCUUCUCUGAUCGUCCCAAGCUGGAGCUAGUGCUCUUCAUAGUAAAUUUUACUCUGUAUACAGUAGCUGUGUUGGGAAAUUCAACCAUAAUCCUUGUGUGUAUAUUAGACUCUCGACUUCAUACCCCAAUGUACUUCUUUCUGGCCAAUCUUUCCUUUCUAGAUCUCUGCUUCAGUACUAGUUGUAUCCCACAGAUGCUGGUGAACCUCUGGGGCCCUGACAAGACCAUCAGCUAUGCUGGCUGUGUGGUCCAGCUUUUCUCCUUCCUUUCUGUGGGGAGCAUUGAGUGCAUCCUCCUGGCUGUGAUGGCCUAUGACCGCUAUGCUGCAGUCUGCAAACCCCUCCACUAUCUGGUCAUUAUGCACCCCCAGCUGUGUUUACGACUGGUGGCUGUGGCCUGGGGGAGCGGACUGGUCAAUGCCAUCGUCAUGUCCCCACUCACAAUGACUCUUCCCAGAUGUGGCCGGCUCCGGAUCAAUCACUUCCUCUGUGAAAUGCCAGCACUGAUUAAGAUGGCUUGUGUGGACGCCCGUGCAGUAGAAAUGCUGGCCUUUACCUUUGCCAUUCUCAUCGUCCUCCUGCCCCUCGUUCUUAUUCUCCUGUCCUAUGGCUAUAUCACUGCAGCAGUGCUGAAGAUCAAGUCUGCUGCUGGCCGCUGGAAGGCAUUCAAUACCUGCAGCUCCCACCUCACCGUGGUCUCCUUAUUCUAUGGGAGCAUCAUUUAUAUGUACAUGCAGCCAGGAAACAGCUCCUCUCAGGACCAAGGCAAGUUUCUCACCCUCUUCUACAACCUAGUGACUCCUAUGUUAAAUCCACUCAUAUACACCUUAAGGAAUAAAGAGGUAAAAGGGGCACUGAAAAAGGUUUUGGGGAGGCAACAAUGA